GCAGUAGGGAAUAAUUUUGAACAAAUUUACAGAAGUACGCAGAAGCAUUUGCUGCAGUUAGUCAACAGAAAAGUAUCCGGAUAAGUACAAAACGAUGGAACGUAAUGAGAAGUUUUUAAUUUGAAAAAAGGUCGUAAUUACUGAAAGAAUACGGGAUAAGGAAUAGAUGGCGUGUGAAGUAAUUUUUGAUAAGAUAGUGGAAGCGAACGCUUUCUUUGAUUUGGAGCUGGUUUGAAGGAUCGCACGACAUUUGAAAUGAUAAAUCAAAUGUCGGAGGAAACGAUCGCGACUGCACCUACCAGUGCAGAAAAACCGUCAAAUCUAGACACGAAGCCACGAAAAUUGAGUGUAAAAACGUUUGAUUUCCUUUGGAAGCGUGAUUCACGGCGUGAGAAUAUAUUGAAAAAAGAAAACAACCAGAAGAAAAAAGAUUUGAUAGAAGGAAAAGUUAUUGAAUCCAAGACUAAAAAUGCUCCUUCUAAUAAAAGGUCUUUUAACGUCUUCAAGGGUAUUAAAAGACACAUGCAGAUUAAGAAGCUGACAAUACAUGAUUCGAAACAAAAAAUGAAAGAAACAUAUAGUUUGCAGAAUGAUACAAACUGUGAUUCAUCAACACUUCAGCAGAAUAAAUGUACAGUUUCUGUUGAAGGGAGCACUUUAUCAGAUAAUAAAUGCGAAGAUAUUAAGAAAAAUUCUGAUAUUUUGAACAGCAGCGAAUCUUUAACUGCUACAGAUGAAUGUACUUUGUCACAAAAUGAAUGUACUUUGGACAAUCUAAAUGAAGCAGUAGAAGGUUGUUCUGAUAUUGAAACAAAAACAGAAUCAGUACACGUGCAAGUUGUUGACAAUUAUCAAUCAGAUAAUAAUCAUGAAACUAUUCCUAAUAUGCAUUAUCUGUUCUCUAAUAACAACACACUGCAAAUAGAAUCUGUAGUUGCUGAGGAGCAUCAAGUUGAAAAUAUUGAAGAAAUUUCAGAAUCUAAUAUAAAUAAUGAUAAAGCAAAGGUAAGCCUUACAGAAGAGCUGCUUAAAUUAAGCAAUUAUGGAUGGUAUUGGGGACCAAUAUCGGGAACCGAAGCUGAUGCCAAACUUAUGUCCGAACCAGAUGGUGCAUUCUUAGUCAGGGACUCGUCAGAUGAUAGAUACGUCCUGACGCUUAGUUUUAAAUCAUCUGGAAAAUUGCUCCAUGCUCGUAUGGAACAUAGCGGUGGUUUAUUUUCUUUAUGUAACCAAAGUGAAAGUGAGGGAUUUAGUUCAGUAGCUGAUUUAAUUAACUAUUCAAUGAAUUUUAGUCAGUCAGCAGUAUUUUGUUAUUCUCGGCCUAAAUACCCUGGCCAUCCAUCGUUCCCUGUAAGAUUAACCAAGCCAGUGAGCAGGUUUAAUCAAGUUCGAAGCUUACAGUAUCUUUGUCGUUUCGUUAUACGUCAAAAUACUAGAUUGGAUAAUAUUCAUAAACUACCUUUACCAAAAACUAUUAAGGGCUAUAUCGAAGAAGCACAUUAUUAAUGCAAAAAGAAAAAAAAAAACGUGAAA